AUGAAUUAUUCUAACUACUCUGAAUAACAUAGAAGAAGUGUGUCUCCCAUUUUAAAGACUACAAGUGAAGAUAGGAAAAUGCUUCAUCAUAAUAAAGAAAAUUACAUUUAAUAUCUUGAAUAGUAAUUAGAAAAAGUAAAAGUAAUUUUUAUUGAUAGGCAGCUACUAUGGUUCAUAAAAAAUAUGAAUAAAGAAUGAGAGGAAUAGAAUAAUUAAUUGAAAAUCAUGAUGAAAAGUUAAAGAACUUCAUUAAGUUAAUUAAAUUAUUGUAAAAUUUUGCAGAAAACUAAGAAUAAGAAAAUGGUAAGAUUACUAGACAUAUAAAUACAAAAAUGGAAGAAUUAUAUCAUAAUGAAUUAAGAAACAUUAAUUAAUAAUUACAUGAAACUCAAUAUCGAUUAGAGUUAUUGGAAGCUACUUAAUUAAAAGAUUAAUAACAAGUUUUUGAAUAGUUUGAGAAAUCUAUCAAUCGUAAAAUAGAUGUAAUGAUGAGUGAAAUUAGAUAGAGUGCAUUAAAAGUAGAUUAUUAAAAAUUAGAAUAACGAAUAAUAAAUCUUGAAACUCCACCUGAAAAUUAAAUUAAGAUUUAAGAUACUUAAAGAUAGAAUCAUGAUAAGAUAGUAGAAUAAUAGUUAAAUGAUUUGAAAUUACUUAUGGAUAAUUUAUUAAAAGAUCAAGAUGUUGUAAAGAAUAAUGUUUAAAAUUUACAUUUAGACUUAAACUAGUAAAAACUUUAAUCAUAAUCAUAACCUUAAAGAUAAUCAAGAAAAUCAGUUGCUUAACAAUCAGAAGGAGAAUCUAUAAUGAAACCUAAAUUAUCAGCUAAAGACAAUAAUACUAAAACAGAUAAAAAAAAUUAGAGAAAAAAUUCCCUCAGUCGUUCAUAAUCUAAUAAGAAGCCUAUAGAUAAAAAAAAUAUAAAGUUGAAUCAAACUAAAACUAGUAAGAAUGGAUUACAUAAAAAGAAUUGA